AUGCCCCUUCCACAGAUUUAUUUCAAUCCAUUUCUGACUUGGUACGAUCCAUUCAAGCAACAGCAAGUAUCUACCAAAUAUGGCGUCGUCAGCCUACACAGCGUCAUGCGUGAUCUCACAUUUUGGUCCGAUUUGUAUAUAGCUGGUCGUUUGCACAAACCUGUUCUCUGGGCACCUUAUCACAACCAUGUGGCGGACAGUCAAUCCGAACUAUGUGAUAAAUUCAAAAUCGCUCACUUACCUCCCGAUACUGAAAUCCUAGAAGAGCCAGACCUAUUGCAUUCACUUGUGUCUAUUUCUUAUGAUGGUGACUGGCGCAUGCUCGUCUCUGUGGAUACGGUGCUGAAAGAGUUCAGCAGAAAUGUGGCGAAAGUGAAAACCGUACUUGUCAACGCUGUUGAGCUAAUUGGGCGCCGCGAUUGGACAAGUGUCAUAGAGGCGAAUGAGCGGUUAGUCUCACAAAAUAGGCAAGAUUUACUUCAUCAUUCCGGCUGA